CUUGAACAACACUGUUUGCGUUGGCGCUGUCAUCAUCAUAUCGCUCCCCCGUCAAAAAACCGUGCCAAUUGUGUCUGUUUUUACCUCGCCAGCGUGUGUGUUUUGCCGCCCGCCGACCGCCCGGAGUUUCAAAUCGGCGUUUGGUAGUUGCAAAGUUUAAAGAGUGCCUUGAAAACAGUGCAACAAGUGGUUUUCUACACUUUUUUACAAGCGUUCAAAGUGCCUUACAAACCCACACACACAGAUAACCUACCUGACCAGGGAGCGUAUGUAUGUGUGUUACAACGACAACAAACAUAACAGCGAAAAUAACUAACUGCUUUCGUCGCAGUUUUUCUGCAAGUGUAUUGGUUAAUUGCGCCGAAAAAAUGUUAAGCGAGCAAAUUAAUUGAUGCCUAAUUCAAUUACGCGAGUGAAAACCAAAAGCUAAAGAUCUGAUCUUGCUGUAGAUCUGGUGAGAAAUCCCCAACGCGAGGAUCUGUAUCGUGUGUGUGUCAAUUCAUUAAUAUAUAAAUAUAGAUUACAAGUGCACUUAAACAAAUACAAGGAAAAAAGGAAAACAAGUGAUUAACUGCCAGAUAAGCAAGCCGACGUGACGUACUCGUGUGGAUUAAUAAUUGAGCAGAUAGCCGGCAGAUAGAGGAUAGCAGAUAGCUGAUAUAGCAGAUAUCGCUGAGCGGACGGUACAAUGGAGUCCAUGGAGUACGAGAUGGCACGCAACAUGACGCUGCUCUUCUUCUUGGAGCGGCUGCUGGACAAGGGCGAGCCCCGCACCGUCCACGAUCUCUCCUGCCAGUUUGGCAACAAGGAGUUCACCAAGGAGAUGCGUCAAAUCGCCGGGGGCAGUCAGUCGGGUCUUAAGAAAUUUCUCGCCCAAUAUCCGGCAAUAUUUCUGGUCGACGGCGAUUACGUUCAGGUGAACGCCUAUCAGCACAACAAUGCGGACGACAACGGCUGCGGGGGCAAGCGGGAUUACAUCCAAGAGGCUAAAGACUACUUCAAGAACAAGAUGCUGCAGUACGGAGCGGCUGCCGAGGUGCCCGUUCGCAGUCUGCUCGGUCACAGGUCGCAGGCAUCGCCCCAAGUGCGUCACAUAUCAGGUCAACACAUCAAGGAGUUCACCGACUUUCUAAUGAAGCACACGGAUACCUUCAAGGUGACCGAUGACUAUGUGAUGCUGGUGGGCUGCGAGAACAUGACGGAUCUGCCGGCGCGGGAUCGCCUCCAUCUGCCGCAAUCGAACAUCGAUACGCGCGGAACGCAACAGAUGCUCGACUUUUUUGCGCAGUGCAUCGAGGUCAAGGGACCGCUGCUGGUGGACCAGCUGUUCCAUCUGCUGACUACGAACUUUCCGCAGGAUCAGUGGCUGCGCAUGUUCAAGACGCCGGGGGAUCUGAGCUCGUUCCUCAAGCUCUUCGCCGAUUGCUUUCACAUCCAGGCCAAUCUAGUCACGCUGCUGCAGAAGCCCAAGCUCAGCGAUACGCACAUCCAGCAGGCGCAGGCACAAACGCGGGAGCAAUUCAAUGCGCUGAACAAUAACAAUAACAGCAACCGGAGGCAGGAAUUGGGAGGAGGAGGAACUGGAACUGGUGGAGUUGGAGGUGUCAGUUCGGUGCAGCAGAGAUUACAAUCGCCGGCACUGCGGAGUAAUGGUCACACGAACAACAACAACAAUGGCAGCAACGGGAGCAGCAACAACAACAACAACAAUAGCAUAGCUUGUCCGAAUUUCAAGCUCAAUGCGCCCGUUUCGAAUGUGAUGGGUGGUCAGCAGCAGCAGAAUCCGGGCUUCGGCCAGCCCAAAUCGGAGCCGAGCUCUGGCUUCGACAGCUAUGUGCCCAUGUCGGAGCUGAAGCUGGAGAACCUGUGCGAGAACAACUAUCCCAGUCCGAACACCUGCUACGGUCCCAUCAAUAAUGCCGCACAGCAGCAGCAGCAGCAGCAGCUGCAGCAGACGCAACAGCAACAGCAGCAGCAGAAUCCCGCCGAGCAGCGGUUGAAUAGUGUUAACCAAACCCUCAAGCAGCGCAUCAACACAUUAGUUAUACGGACGCUGGCCGAGAAUCUGGAGAAGGACAAGCAGUCGCUGGCCAACCAGCAGGGCGGAGCAACCUCCCCGCACGCCAGUCCCGUGCAUUCCAUUGCCAAUUCGACGAGUGCUAACCAAAACGCGAGUGCUGCGAAUAAUGCCAACAGCAAUGCGGUGAGCAACUCGAACGCUGCGAACCCGAAUCCAAACAAUGCCAACCACUCACCUAGUCAUAGCUACUUUGUCGGCGACACCUGGAAGAUAAAGGUGCUGCAGACCACGACGGUGAUAGCGAAUGUCAAGCAAUCGGUGUUUGUGACCGACAAUCUGCUCAAGUAUGCGGCCAAGAACGAGAGCAUUGUGGUCUCCCUCGACUGCGAGGGCAUCAAUCUGGGCUUGAAGGGCGAGAUUACCCUAAUUGAGAUUGGAACGACGCGUGGAGAGGCCUUCCUGUUCGAUGUGCAAUCCUGCCCGGCCAUGGUCACCGAUGGCGGACUGAAGACCGUGCUGGAGCACGAUCAGGUGAUCAAGGUGAUCCACGACUGUCGCAACGAUGCCGCCAACUUGUAUCUGCAGUUUGGCAUCCUGCUGCGGAAUGUGUUCGAUACACAGGCGGCACAUGCGAUCCUGCAGUUCCAGGAGAGCGGCAAGCAGGUCUACAAGGCCAAGUACAUAUCGCUGAACUCGCUGUGCGAGCAGUACAACGCCCCCUGCAAUCCGAUCAAGGAUCAGCUGAAGCAGAUCUACCGAAGGGACCAGAAGUUCUGGGCCAAGCGACCGCUCACAAGGGAAAUGAUGCUCUAUGCGGCGGGAGAUGUUUUAGUUCUAAUCCACGAUCAGCUGUUUGGCAAUCUGGCGCGGCAGAUUAAGCCCGAGAAUCGGGCACUCUUCUCGGAGCUGUGCACCGAGCAAAUACUCAUGCAGAUCAAGCCCAACGAGGUGAAGAUACGCAAGAAGCAGCGCAAGGUCAGCACCGAGGUGUCCGAUCUCAAGCAGAAGUUGGCCCAAACCAGCAAGAGCAUUGUGCUCUCCAACCGAGAGAUACGUCUGCUGCGCUACAUGGACCUGACGGAGGAUGAGAAAGAGCGACUGAAGGGCUACUAUAAAGUGGCCAAGAAGCUGGAGAAAAUGGAGUCUGCCGGCAAUCCCAACAAAGACCAAAGUGACUCAGAGGAUGAGCCAGAGCCAAAUGAGAAUGACGCGUUCCCCAGCUUGGACUCGGUGCCUUCGGAUAAUUCGCUAUCGGGCACCUUUUCGCCAAGGUUUAGUUCGGAGCCACCCAGUCUGACUGAGUCCAUGCAAAUGCUGGAGGAGAUCCUCCAGAACAAGUCCAUGGAUCGCAUAGCACGUAUUGAUAAGCUGGAGGCCAUUCUGACGACUGCCACCUCGCUGCCAUGUGAACAAAUUAUAGCUUCUAAUUCAAUGCAAGAGCAACUGGGAUCGAGCAUUGCGACCACCGAAAAUCUGCAAAUUAUACGCGAGAAAUCCAGAAACAUUAAGAACUGCAAUUGCCAGGGCGAGCGCAGUGUGACGCCCAUUCUGCGAACGACUGACAAGCGGGUGGUGAAGCUGGUGGACGCCGAGUCGCAGACGCUGAGCACCGGCGACGUGGUCAUCACCAAGAUAUUCUUCCAAGACGAGCACGAGCGGGCCAAGGAGGCUGCCCUGCUCAGCAAUUCGCCCACGAAGCGGGUGUCGCCCACUUAAACAUUUCAACCUUCGAACAAUGAUUCCUAACAAGCAAAGCGCAGACAUAUUACGUAUUAUUAUUUUGUUUUUUAAUAGUUGAGGGGCGCGACAGACCCCUCGACGCUCUACCGACAAUGCAAUAACUUUCAUAACCAAUUGAGAAGCAAUAUAUUUUGUGCCUAGAUGUUGAACAUUGCAAUAACAAUUAUAUAUGAUUUAACAAUUGUUAACUAUUCGCCUCCGGCUCGGAUCUUUUUAUAUCAUAACCGACGAACCUUGGCGAAGCAAUCUUUUUGAAUCCCUCUUCUCAGAAAAGGCGUUUGCCACUGAGAAUCUGUGCGGAAUUCGAUAAGGUUAACGACUCACGAGCUGCGCCAAACAAUCAUUAAAAUUGUAUCUGUUAAUUAACCUGUAGACCUUUUUUGGCUAUUGAUUGUAAAAACGAUAUUCAAAUUAAUUCUGCGUUGGACCAAUGUGUAUUAAAUCAAAAUGAAUUUUUUAAAUGCAGUCUUCUAGAGGUUUCCUAUUAACUUUGUCGCCAUAUCAGAAGUGAACUUAUUGUAUUUUAACCAUAAUACUAUAUAAACCGAAUCGUUUAUUCAACUCAAUAUAAGUUUAACCAAACAACCUUCUUAAUUAUUAACAAAAAUUGUGUAGUCAAUCUAAGUAAAUGAGAAUUAAUUGUAAUGGAAGUAAUACUGAAAUGGUACGAUUAUAAAUUAUAUAUCUAAUUGAAUAAAACGUGUAUAUACAUAUAAA